AAGCCRGGAAAUCUCAGRAUUUMUGCYGUAGAAGAUUCCUUCCGCAACGAGAAGAAGUUYUUUUCUACAAAAAUAGGAAAAAAUUGUAAGCGAGAAUAUAAAAAUAUCGUAAUUUUGAGUAGAAGAGCGCGCACGGUCAUUGAGAAGGCCGAUAAACCAGUCAGCUAAUUCAUUUACAGAAGAUGAUUGACAUCUCCAUGGUUACCACGAAUGACGGCUUGAAAAAGAUUGGUACAUUCAUGUACGUUGAGCUAUACUGACUUCUAUAUAUAUUGAUUUAUGCUCAGCCAUUCCACAAUAUUUUCUUUUGAACUUCAACAAAGGAUUUCUUUCUUUAUGAAKUUGCUCCAUCUAGUAAAUCAUCAGUUGUAUCUCGACAUUUGUCAUUUUUUUUCACGGUUUCACAAGGUCAUUUGUGACUAAAUUCGAUAUAAUAUUUUGGAGAUAAUAAUAAAAUUGAAGGAAAUUUGAUAUUUAUAUUUUAUUCAUAGUAAAAUCACACAAUACUGACAUCCAAUGCCAUAUCURGUUAUUGUCACGUGACAAAUGUACAAUGUUUUACUUUGGGCGUUUUGUGUAUAAGUAAAACCAUUUCUUUCGUCAAUUAAAGCUACUUUUUYUUCAGUAUUUAUCUCUUAAAUACAGUUGAAUUCAUUUGGAAAUAGGGCAGAGAGGAAAUAUAGAACAGSUCUAAUUUUCGCUACAGGCGCUUAGCUGAUAGCUGUGCUACAAUGAAACGUUGACCUCUUUGCAAAAACAACCUCUACUACUGCGCAUGGGCAUUGUAAAUUCUUGCCUCUGUUCAUCUUUCGGUAGGUUUCUGAUCAAUCCCCACACUGCCUCCAUUUCUAAAUCAUUGUGUUAAUUUGAUAUCUGUUGUUUUGACUUUUGAAGCGAAAUAACUUUAAAUAUUUAGUGGAUAUAUUUACAACGAUAUGUAAAUUCCUCUUUACUGAGAUGUUGCAGACGAUGACUGUUUUGUAAGGUCUAGCAUGAUGUAAACAUGAUGACUCGUCUUAUAACACACGCCGUUAUACUGUGCGCUGUUGCUGCAGCCAUCACUGCCAGAAACCAGAUAGAUAUAGAUAAUGACGAAGCGAAACUCCUAAACAACGUUUUUGGUGACAGCUAUGAUAAGAACCUACGACCAGUUAUGAACAAGAAAGAAAAUAUAACCGUUACCUUUGGACUUACACUCAAUCAAAUUAUGGAUAUGAUUGAGAAAUAUGAAAUAUUGCAGUUAAGCUUGUAUGUGAGACAGACCUGGUACAAUGCGUUAACAACAUGGAAUGCUUCAGAAUACGGGGGAAUCCAACAAGUGAAUAUCGAUCCAURGGAGCUKUGGAAACCCGACAUUUACCUUUAUAACAAUGCUGACAGUGGUUUUGACAGUUCGUUAUAUGGCUUUAAAGCUAAAAUCAAGGUGUCCUCAAACGGAAAAAAUGCUUGGUUAGCUCCUAUCAUCCUAACAAGCUCCUGUAAAAUCGACGUCACGUACUUUCCUUUCGAUCAACAAAAUUGUAAACUUAAGUUUGGAUCAUGGAGCUACGAUGCUGCUUCUGUUGACAUAGUUGCCGAGGGACCGUCUGCUUCACUUAAGGAAUACCAACAGAACGGUGAAUGGGACUUGCUCGGAUUUCCGUGCAUCAGGAAGAGUUAUAAGUACGUCUGCUGUCCGAAUAAUUUCUCUGAUGUCACGUGCACACUCCAAAUAAGGAGACGUACUUUGUACUACUGGUUUAACCUGAUAAUCCCAUGCAUGCUGAUCACAGUUAUGUCUCUUCUAUCGUUCAUGGUGUCGACUGAGUCAGGCGAGCGGAUUACUCUGGUCAUCACUAACCUACUAGCCUUGACUGUUUUCAUGUUGAUUGUCGCUGAUUUGCUYCCGCCAACGUCAGAGGUGGUUCCUCUCAUAAGCGUUUACAUCACUUGCUCAAUUUUUGAGGUUGGAAUGGCACUUGUGGCAACCUGCGUUGUGUUAAUGUGUUACAAUACUAACCCUGACAUACAAGAAAUGCCAUUYUGGAUGAGAUAUUUCAUAUGUCAGCGACUUGGUAAGCUACUGAGAGUMCAAAGAAUCAAAGACAAAAAGGCCGAACAGGAGGCAAUGGAAGAUAGCACAGAUACUGGGUUACCACGCAUACAACCUCGYAAUAUGCUUUUUGGUUUUGGAAGUCUUCCUGUACCAAGAUCCGAAACCUACGAGAAGCUUUUCAACACAGCUGCAGGGGAAAAAACAUGCCAGAUCUGUAAAGACAGCAAAGAAGCAGCCUAUGCRUCAUCACGUCCAGCAAGUCAGUUUUUCCAGGAAGCUGCUAUGUACAAACUACCAGAGGGCAAACCCUAUGAAUCCCAAGCAAGAAAUAUCAACGCUUCAAUAUCAACGUUUGCAGCGCCCUCGCUCUAUCAAGAACCGGUCCCAGACUGCCGCAAUGAUUGUCCAUGUGGGACUAUGGCACCUGUACUUCCUGUCCUCAGCGCAAUCAUACACCGACAGGAUCACAUGGUCAGGGGGAUCAAGAAAUUGACGGAUAAUCUGAAGGACGAGGAGGACAUGGGAGGGGAUCGAGACGAAUGGAUCUACGCUGCGCAUGUGCUUGAUAGAUUACUGCUGUACACAUUUAUUCUGACACUGCUUUCCUCAACGCUUUUUAUAUUUACGAUGGUUCCUUCGUAUGACUAAAAGCCAGGAAAGGGGGAUGCAUUGGACAAGAACCAAGUCCGAAAAAGUGACAGUGGCGAAAUUUCAUGAUAAGAAUGCUUAUCUAUAUUGCAAGCUGUAUACACCUACUUGCGAAAACUUUGUCAUAAAAAAUAGGACAUUUGCAUUUUAGUAAAAAGGAAUAAAUUGAAAAGAAAAAAGAAGAUCACUGAACGGCUGAACGCUUUCUUUUGUCUUGUUUUAAUUUAUUCCUUUUUACUAAAUUCAAAUGUUCUAUUUUCUAUGACAACGUUUCUGCAAGUAGGUGUAUACAAAUGAUUGAAAUGUGGUAGGGUCGCAAAAAGAUGAUAUCAUUGAAGCUAACACCGAAAUUAUAUUUGGGCUGUUUCAUGCUAUGUAUAAAGCUAAAAGUACUUUAAUUUCCUUUGAUUUACUAAUUUCAUAUUCAGUGUAAGCAGGAAGUACACGACGUUUCUUGUACUCUUCAAAACCGGCUGAACUUGAAUUGAAUGAUCACGUGACAUUUGCUGGCGUCAUACUUCWCAUUAAAGUCAUUAUUAUUGACAGUAUUAUGAAUGUUUAAAAGCAAUAUAUUAUGAUAAUUACAGUUAYAUACAAAGGAACGUGUGCCGCUCUUUAUAAUCUUGCUCUUGUUCUCAAAUUCAAAAGACAUAAUGUAAUGAAGAUUACGGCUAUUGUACGUCAGCGCAAAUCAUAAUAGUUAAACCCCUUAAAUAUUAUUAGCUAUAUGCAGCAUUAACAUACUGGGCUGUUAAGGCAAACUGAGUGUAGCCAACAAGAACUUUUUCUGGCUUAGGAAUACCAACAGGGAAGUAUUUCUCAA